CCAAAAAUGCCGCGAAUUGGACGUCUUGCCCUAGAUCGUGAUUGUUUCAACUUGAGUGCAUCUAGCAGCAAAGAAACAAUCAUUACAGAAUAUGGACCCUGUGAAUGAGAAAGAAGAAAACUAACACCUGAAAAUAAUGAAGGGGGAAAAGGAUACUCUUUCAUCCAGAUCACUCAAUAAAUAUAAUGCUGAAAAGUUACCGCACAUUAAAAGUAAAAGCGAAAAAAUAAACAAAUAUUGUGAUAAUGAUGGUAGCGGAAAGAAAUUAAAGAAGCAGAUCAACACUCAUCGAAGGAAAAAGACAAUUAAAUGUAGCAUUUGUGGGAAAACACUGAGUCGCUCUGAUUGCAUACAGAGACACAUGAGGGUACAUACAGGGGAAAAACAUUAUCAAUGUGAUGUGUGUGGAAAGACAUUCACAGCCUCAGAUUCUCUAAAAAGUCACAUGAGGAUACACACAGGUGUUAAACCUUAUAAAUGUGAUGUAUGUGGGAGGGCUUUUACUAGGAAAUCCUCCUUACAGAGUCACCUGAGGUCACAUACAGAUGAUAAACCAUAUAAAUGUGUUGUCUGUGGGAUGCUUUUUAAAUCUCCAGGAAGUCAACAAAGACACAUGAGGACGCAUACAGGUGAUAAACCAUAUAAAUGCAAUGUGUGUGGGAAGGCUUUCAUGAGGAAACCCUACUUACAAGGUCACCUGAGGACACAUACAGAUGAUAAACCAUAUAAAUGUAUUGUCUGUGGUAUGCUUUUUAAAUUUCCAGGAAGUCAACAAAGACACAUGAAGAUUCAUACAAGUGAUAAACCACAUAAAUGUGAAGUUUGCGGAAAAGCUUUCAUCCGACUAUAUAACUUACGGCAUCAUAUGAGGAGACACACUGUUGAAAAACCAAAUAAAUGUGAAAUUUGUGGAAGAGGAUUUUCUACAUUAGAGCAAAUACAAAGCCAUCUGAAGAUAAAUGCUGGUGACAAAAAUUAUGAGGGUUUUGUGUGUCUGAGGAAAAUCACAGAAAAAUCAGAUUUAAAGAUACAUUUGAUGACACACAAAUGUGAAAAACUAAAGAGUUCUCAUAAAACUUCAGACUCUUUGGAAGACCCAGGGUCACAUACAGUUGAGAAACUUUUGAACUAUAAUGAGACAGACGGGCAGUCAAAUAACACACAGAGAACAAGCAAAUGUCAGGGAAGAGCCCUGUAUCAUUGUAAUGUUUGUAGGAAAUUAUUUAGUAAUUCAGUAAAUUUACAGAGACACAAGAAGAUACAUACAAGUGAGAAACCUUAUAAAUGUGAAUUGUGUGGAAAAGCAUUUUGUGAAAGAGGGCAUUUGAUGGGACAUAUGAGGACGCAUACUGGUAAAAGUCUUGUAACAUCUGCUGAAAAAGAAUGUUUGAACAAACACCUGAUGGUGGAUACUAGUAAAAACUCUUUCAACUGUGAUAAAAGCCGAAAGUUCUUUGUUCAAAAACAUUAUUCACAGAAGCACAUGGACAGACAAGUAUGUGAGCAGCUUUUAAAAUGUGAUGUAUGUCAGAUGGCCUUCAUUGAAGAAAUUCAAUUAGAAAGACACAAGAAAACACAUCAGUGUAAGAACCCAUUUGUUGAUAUGUGCAUGAUGGUGAAUAAUCAAAUUGAGCAAUUUGUUGGACCAAUAAGAGAAUCCUGUCUCUGUGAGUUGUGCGGGAAAAUAGUCCCUUGUAUGGAGGAACACAUGAGGACACACACACAUGAGAAAAUUCAUAACUGUAACAUGUGUCUGGAGCCUUUCAAUGAAAAUUUUAAAUUAGAAGAACAUGAAAUAAAACUUAAAUGUAAUAGCCCAUUUAAGGUAAAGAAAAAUCCUAAAAUUGGACAGUUAAACAAGUCAGGAAGAAUUCCUAAUGGACGAAAGUUGUGUACAUCCAAAGUUCAUGGAAAGAUUGACACUUGUGUGGAGAGACACAUGAAAACACACAUACACAAGAAAGGUUAUAAAUGUCAAGUGUGUGAGAAAGCCCGCAGUUGUAAAACAACAUUUCAAAGACACACAAGGACACCUAGAGAUAAUAAAGAUAAUAAAGCCUAUAGCUAUGAUGUAUGCGGGAAAGUAUUCAACCAAUCAGGGCAAUUAAGGAGAUUCAGAAAAAUUGGCCUAGGUCAUAGACAUUAUAGAUGUCAUUUGUGUGGAAAGAAGUACACAUCUUUCCAUUCCUUAAAGAAACACAGAAAGACACAUACAGGUGAAAAGCCUUUUCUCUGUGAUAUGUGUGGGAAAGCAUUUGUAGAAUUAUAUGCCUUACAUCAACACAUGAAGACACAUACAGGUGAACGACCUCAUAAAUGUGAUGUUUGUGGGAAAGCAUUUGUUAAGUCGAAUAAACUUAAGCUACAUAUUAGGAUACAUACCGGUGAAAAACCUCAUCAAUGUUUUACAUGUGGCAAGACUUUCAGUCGACCAGGUCAGUUAAGUUUACACAAGAUAAUACAUACUGGUGAAAAACAUCAUAAAUGUGUUCUUUGUAGAAAAGCAUUCAACCGAGCAAGUUCCUUAAAGAGACACAUGAGGACACAUACAGGUGAAAAACCUCAUAAAUGUGAUGUGUGUGAAAAGAGAUUUGAUCGAUUGUAUGUCUUACAGAAACACAAGAAGACACAUACAGGAAAAAAAGAACUGACCAGAACACUGUCAGUUGAAGAGAUAGAGAAGUGAGAAAUUCUAUCAAUUUGAUGUGGCUGAGAAAGCAUUUCCUAAACAUUUUACUAAUUACAUUCUUAGCUUAUAGAGACAAAGGGGAAACAUUCUUUUAAGGAGAGAAUGAGAGAUAGAAUUUAAGUCAAAUAUAUAAUUGGAAAGACAUUGAUUGAACAAAGAACACUUGAAACUAAACAUGAAGAAUCAUGAAAAUUUGGAAGAAAAAUGAUGCAUUUAAUAAACAACUACAUCAUACGUAAUGUGUGUUGGAGUGCAUCCAGGGAUUAUACGGAGACACUAGGAAAUAUAUAAAGGAGAAGAAUAUAUUGGUGAUGUGUGUGGAAAAGGGUUACUUUCAAACACACGUAUACAUCCUUAUGAAGAACAUAUACAAAGGAACAAGAAGCCACAUUUGAGAAAAGUGGGACGGCGAUAUCAAAUUUUAAAGUUUUUUUUAAAGAGAAGUCAUUAAAAUUGUUAAAGAAAUAAAAAAUAAUAGUGAAGCACGGGUUCAGAGAAGAAGUUGAAAUCAGGUGAAUUUUGGAGGGAAAAGAUAUAAGCAUGCCUGAUUAUUAUUGUAAUAAUAACAGUGAUAUGCCCUUAUGAGAUCAAUUUGACUUUAGAGAAAAAGGAGUCGCCUUUUGAUUAAAUUUUAUGCAUGAAUUUUCUUGAUAAAAUGAAUCCAUAGAAAUUAGGUUUUUAGGGCCCUGCAAGAAUUUGCGGGUGUCCUAUAGUAUUCAUCUGUCUGUCCAUCUGUCUGUCUGUCCGUCUGUCAUUCUUCCGUCCACAAUCUUUUUGUUUUUUCUUAAUAACUUUUUUUAUGGUUGCCCAAUUAAGAUCAAAUUUGGUAUGGUAGUUCAAUAGACAGAAAGACAUAUUUGAUGCUAAGUUUGUUUCUCUAUAUUCCCUGGUUUGGAGCUGGUGUGGUGGGGUAUAUUCCUAAACUUUAUAUAAGAAUGCAUUGGCAAAGAGAGAUAGCUGCUGAAAAUGUUCCCAUUGUAAACUGAAUGCUGCUAUGAGUCCCUUGGGAUUAAUUAGCUUUCCUCCUAAAGAAAAUUUAAAGCAUUAUAUUUAUCUGUCACAUUGAGAUUCAUUACCACCUCUGUCUGCAAAUGAUGUUUGUUUUGAAAAGUCAAUUUGGAAUGCUAUGAAACUCUGAAAUGUGGAUUUAAAUAUAAAUGUUUUUACUUUAUUUUUGUUAAAAUAUCCUACACAUUGAGUAUGCUUUCAUUGAAUUUAAAAACAAGAAAUAGAUUUAAAAAAGAUUUGUUUUUUUUUUUAUUUUUACUGUUUUUCCUGUAUGUAAAUUCAAGAAUAUUAUUAAUUUUUAACAUAGUUGGUUAAAAACCCUAUUCUAUCAUCAAUAAUGAAAACAUUCUUUUUGUAACUUUAGAAGAAAAUGAUGAGAGAGGCACAAUUAAUCCCUUGGAAUUAAUUAUCUAGCCUGCUGCAGAAAAUUUAGUAUGUUCAUUUAUCUGUCAGUUCAAGAUUAAUGAAAACCUUUGUCUACAACCUGUUUGUUUUUAAGUUAAGGUCAAACCCUUGAUAUUUGCAUUCAUUGAAGACUGGCAUUUUAUAUAACAAAAGCUUCAUUACAUGUAUUGUUUAAAUAUACAUUCAAUGUUAAGUUGUUCUUUACUGCCUAAUGUAAAUACAAGAAUAUUAUUUACACCUUUUUGGAUAUUCAUGAAAUAUCUUGAAAUUUUAAGAAUACAGUUGCUGUCGCAUAUUCUUUAAAUAUUUUUUUAUCAUUCCAUAAGCUGCACCCUUAUAAUUCUACCCCAUGGCGGGGCCCUUGCUGACUAGUCAGUUUUCUAGUUGAUUUUAAUUUCUUCUGAAUUGCAUAUGUGAGUAAUUUUGUCUACUUUCAUUUACUUGUAAAUAUUAUGAUAAAGUUGUUGCUGUAAUUCUUACAGUUUGAUAUUCAUGAAAUAAAUGAUAAAAUUUU